AUGGAUCUGGGAUAUAAUUACUGCCACAUCAGCCACCCCAACCACAUUCUCUACGCCACCAAGUGGCUGCUUGAGCCCAUUCCCUACGAUGACAUCGACGUCGACCACCUCUACGAAGCGACAGCGUCGCUCUUCCCUGAGGAGGACGACGAAAUGGCAUUGGCGCUGAUGAAGACCGGUGGCCCGCGGCGCAAAGGAAAACACUCAAAACCGGUAUGGGAAGACCUUCUGUUGGAGAAGUUUCUCAGCGAAACUCCUUUGGAAGGGUACCGUGAUCAGACAAUGGUCAGAGCCAUGUACACUGCUGAUGACGAAUCAGAGGGGAUCAACGAAGUGUUGUCUAAUGGCUACAAUGUCUCUCAUAUGGCGUUCAAUCCGUCAAGUUACGGUUCUAUGCAACUGCCACCGCCUUUAGGCUACGAACCCCCGUCGUUUACUACGCCUGCGACUCCCAGAAUCCGGGCUCCGCUGGCGACACUUCUGGAGACUCCUAGAGUGAGACAGACGCUGGCCCAAACGCCUCGGGUGCCCAGCGGUACUCCCAGAAACCAAACUACUCCGUUUCAAACUCCGAUCACUCGUAUCAUGCGUUGA